AGCCAACCACCAGCCUACCCCAUACAUCUCCACUCCACACCAAUUGCUGUGACACCAUGUUCCUCCAGCGCUCCGCUUUCGCCGUCGCCAGGCGCGCCGUCAUCCGCCCCGCUGUCGCGCGCAGCUUCGCUUCCUCGGUCACCCGCCGCGACGCGAAGAUCGACCCCAGCCCGGGCCAGAAUGACAAGCGCAUCAAGAAGUUGGAGGAAAUCAAGACCGAGGAGGACCUUAUGCCUCCCGGUGCCGAGCCCGGCACUGUCCCCACCGACCUCGAGCAGGCGACUGGUCUGGAGCGUCUUGAGAUUCUCGGCAAGAUCCAGGGCGUUGAUGUCUUCGACAUGAAGCCUCUGGACUCCUCGCGCAAGGGCACCCUUGACAACCCCAUCGUUGUCAGGUCCUUCGGCGACGAGCAGUACGCCGGUUGCACUGGUGUCCCCGCUGACUCCCACGUUGUCAAGUGGCUUGUUAUGUCCCGUGACCGCCCCCUCGAGCGUUGCCCCGAGUGCGGUAACUGCCUGAAGAUGGACUACGUUGGCCCCGAGCACAGCCACGACGAACACGGCCACGACACUCACGGUCACCUACUGACAUUUACAAUAGACGCUGACCACGAUGGCGCCCACAACUACGAGGGUGAGCCCAAGACCUUGGCCGACUUUGUCCGCCCCGAGUACCGGUAA